GGUGUUUGGGCUCUAGCCGACAGCUAGAGAUUUGGGAGAGCCGGAGCUUCAUCUUCAAUUGAAGAUCCAUUGUAUCUUAUUUGUUUUCUUCUUAUAUCAUCAAUUAAAAAGAUUUUUCUCUGGUUAUUCCUCUUAAUUCUUCUUGGGGAUUGUGUUGGGGAUGCUGAAGUUAAAUUUCCGCCAAGGAAUUAGUGGAUUUCUAAGAGCACUUCCUAUCCAAUUAGUAGCAGAGCUUUGUCCUGGGCGGAAAAAUAGGAUUUAUUGAUUUCUGCUAUGUUUUGCCGCUCUGUAUUGCUAAUGUUUGUUAUUUGAAGACUAGACCCGUUGUUUUUUUCCGUUUUUGUUGUUUGGUGCCUAGAUCUGGGUACCCAUAGCAAGAAGAAAUGUAUAAGUAUUAGAGGGGGAGAUCGGACAAUUGUAAUCUAAAAUUUUGGAUCUCCCAACUCAAUUUUUCAGAUUUCAAAAGUCAAAUUUCAGCCAUUCAUGAGAAGAUCGAUGGGAAAUUUUCCAUCCUGGAAGAGAUGUUGAAGAAGUUGCUCGAAGGCCAACCCAAAAUGGUGAGGAUGCAGUUCAGUGCCUAUUCAGAGAUCAAGCACAGAAGCUAUCAUAGAUUAUCUUUUGAUCAUAACAAACCACAGAGAAACUACCACUGCAAUGGAAUAAAGUCAGACAAACCUUCAGCAACCAUGAAUCAGGAUACAGAUGUUUUCCUCCUUAAUGCUGUCAGAAUGAGCUU